UGUGUAGGAGCCAGUAACACCACACACACACACACAUGCACACCUUCCCAGGAUACACACACUGCUGUGAACUGACUGUAAUGUCAAGGGACUUGGUGCUGAAGGAAGGCUCUUGUCACACAGCAGCAGUAUAGCAGCAUCCUUUUCAUCUCUCUCCUGGCAUUCACGGUUCACUUCUCCUUUCCUUAUAAUCACACCAGCAUCCCUAUUCUGGGGCUACUUCCAGCCACACUGGCUUGCAUCAAAGCAGCAAUCAGCCUCUGCCUUCCUGGUGAACAGGUUGACAACCUGAUCUCAUCUUUCCUAUUUGUCGGAUGAUCAGGGCUGACCCGAGCAGCGCUUAUUAUUUGGGAUUGAUAAGCAAAGCUCUAAUAAUAAUAAGUCCGGUAAUAAUAAUACUGCUAGAAGCCUGAGACGCAUGCGCAUGGAUGAUGAGCAGCCAGCCCUGGGUGAGCAGCCCAGCUUCAACGGAUGUGAUCAAGGCAAAGAUUUGCAGCUUUCUCCCAGCAUUGAUGGUGAAAUUCCCAUGGGAACAGAGCGGAUGGAGAUGCGCAAGCGGCAGAUGUCAGUGCACCAAGAGACUGUGAGCUCCUCUCAGGCACAGCAGGGAGUUGGGAAUAGGGGAUCUAAUGCGUGCUGCUUCUGUUGGUGCUGUUGCUGCAGCUGCUCAUGCCUCACAGUUAGGAAUCAGGAAGAUGAGAGGACGAGAAGGUCAUCUAACGAAAUCAGAGGAGAUGGCAUCCCAAACUGUGAAGAAAGCCCAACUCCUACCCUUGAAGACAUGAACUCCUGGGGCCAGUCGUUUGACAAGCUCAUGGCCACUCCGGCAGGAAGAAAUGCUUUCCGGGAAUUCCUCAGGACAGAAUUCAGUGAAGAGAACAUGCUCUUUUGGAUGGCCUGUGAGGACCUCAAGAAGGAAUCCAACAAAAAUGUCAUAGAAGAGAAAGCUAGAUUAAUAUAUGAGGACUACAUCUCCAUUCUGUCUCCAAAAGAGGUGAGCCUGGAUUCCAGAGUGCGGGAAGUCAUCAACCGCAACAUGUUGGAACCCACACAACACACUUUUGAUGAUGCCCAACUCCAGAUCUAUACCUUAAUGCACAGAGACUCCUACCCACGUUUUAUGAACUCUGUAAUAUACAAGAACCUUCUUCAAACCUUAUCGGAGGACACUGCUGAAUCUUAGGGGGGGGGGGGGGUUUCUGUUUUGUGUUUUUUAAUUAUUAUUUUUAUUGUUCUUUUUAUUUAUUUAAAACCAAUGAAAAAAAAUGGGUACUACACUUGGCAGGGAGUUUAGCACUAUUUCCCUGAAAUUUCAACUCAGGCAUAUUUUAAUAAAGACUUCUAUAAUAUUAUCUACGGCUGAGGGCUCCUCGUUGCCAAUGCCUGUUGCAGCUAGUUAUCGAUUUUAGUGAUAUUUUCCAAGUAAGACACAAAAAGAGUUGGAAAUGUUUUUAAAUGAUAUAUUAAAUAUAGUAGUUGUAUUUUUACAACAGUAAUUAGUAUAUAUUCAAAGACGAGCAUUACACAGGUGGAAGUGCCUUGCUGUGUUUAUGUCUAUUUCCUAGGACUAGGUUGGAUUAAAGACAAAGAUUCUGAUGUCCAGAACAAGAUUUGUUUACUAGGAAGGGUACUUCCACUUGUCUUCGGGGAUAUACAAUAUAUGCUUGUGAGUAUGUGAAUAUAUAGAUAUUUAUACUGUAUAUAUGCACACAUACGUUAUACAAGCAGGAACAGUCUUGAGUUCAUGAGAUCCACUGGUAUGGAAGACUCCUGGCUUUUUGUUAAAGGCCUAAGAUUCUGAUAUCUAAAUGUAACUUGUUCAUAUUUUAAAGGCUGGUUUUGAAUAAUGACUCACUGAUUCUCUUGUGCAAUGGGAGAAAUGAAAGAAACAAUAAACAUGGACAUUUACAUCCUUUAGAAAAAAGAAGACAAAUGUCUGAACUGUAAUA